AUAUGAUAAUUCAUCAUGUUUUAUAAACAGAUUGAUUAUUGGCUUAUUAACAAACGAACAUGACUUAAAAGGUAAAAAACCUACUUUCACGUAGUUACAUUUUUCUGCAUUGCACUUGAUCAACACACUGCACCGAUGAGUUCUGCUCAGAGUUUUCUUAAUUUGCUAUGGAGUAUCCCGAUAUCCAUUUUACCAAAAGGAUCAAAUAUUUCAAAACGUAGCGUUCUGCUUGUAACAUCAGUGGGAGGAUUGUUUGCUUUGCUUGUUACAGCAGUUUAUAUGAAAAGGAAAAGAAAAUCUCUUCCUUCUAUCAAUCCAGACCCAGAAGCAGAUAAAAAUGGAAAUUUUGUUACUCAUGUUCGAGCUGGAAAGCGUAGGAAGAGACCAAAGUCAAGAAGACUCGAUCUUGGUUUUUUAAAUGCGGCUGGAAGUGGGAGAAGUAGCAGAGUUCAAUGUAGAUCACGCCGUGUUAGAGAUAAUUCUGUAAUGUCUGAAUCAAGCACAAUAUCAUCUGUAAAGAGCAGCACUUCAAGGCACAGUCGACAUCUACCAGUUCCUGGUACAAAAGAAUAUUACGAUGCAGAAAGACUCUACAGAAAGGGUGUUGAUGCAUUCGAAAGCGCAGUAUUACAGUGGGAAAGAGCAAGUGCUGUAUUUGGAAGUGAAGUAUCUGACGUGUCUUCCACACAAUCUGGUAGAAGUAGUAGCUUAUCUCAUGAACAUAAAAAGAAUGCAAUUUCUGAAUCUAAUCAUUCCAGUAAUACUCCAAUCACCAGAUCAAGAAAAACAUCCAUGUCGAGGUUAAGGACGACAAUAGAGGGAUCAUCGGUACCUGGAUGUGAUGAUAUAAUUCCUGACUCUGGGGCUGCAGGGGACCAGAUUAUUAUAAAUAAUGACCAAUUACAGAUGAGUUCUCCAUCAGAAAUUGAACAGAAAAUUGCUUUGAUAAUGGAAAGAGCUGACAAAUUGCAAAGAACAUUUGAAGAUGUUUUGUACAGUGAUUCUGAAACAGAAUCUGACACUGAUAUUACAUUGACUGGUUACGACGACCAUAGGCUUUUUGAAAUUGAUUCUGAUUCUGCUUCAUUUGUUUCUGCCCAAGAGGUUUGGGAAACAAGAUCAUUAGAUGAUUAUCCUGUGACACAACAUCUCGCUCUGUAUGAAGCAGCAUUAGAAUAUGUUGAUAUGGGACGAGUUAGAUGCAGAACUAUGAGGUCCGAUCUCCUUGAAUGUUUUUCUGAUGUAGAAUUCCUCGCAAAACUCCACUGUGUUCGACAAGCAUUAGAUUUGAUGCUGGAAGAUGUCACUGUUCGUGAUUGGCUGAUAGAAUCUGGUCGUCUUAUGAUUGAACUUAUAUUAAAAUCUGCAAACCAAAAUGUGACUCCUUUCGUUGAUGCUUUUUCAAAGCUGAUUGAAUAUGUAAAGGAUUCUGAAAAUUGGCCACAAAUAGAAGAUGAACUGAAUAGCAGAAAAGUCGUCUCAAUGACAUUUUACGAUAUUGUUCUUGAUUUCAUCAUCAUGGAUUCAUUUGAUGACCUGGAUCGACCUCCUAGUCAACUACUAACUAUUCUCGGAAAUAGAUGGCUUGGUAAUUCCAUCAAAGAGUCGGCAUUAUCCACUGCUGUUUGGUCGGUUUUAAAAGCGAAGUCAAGAAUGCUCAGAUACCAGGACGGCUUCAUUGCAAAAUUUUAUGCUGUUUCUGAGAGUGUAAGUCCUACUUUUGCAUGGGGAUUCCUCGGAACAGACGAGCAAUUAAAAUCAAAUUGUGAAAAGUUUAAAAGUGAAAUCUUAUCAUUUCUUCGUGCUAUGUUCAGCUUUGAUAAAGUUCGUUACACUACUAAGCAACAAAUGGCAGAUGAUAUAUUGAAUUUGGCAAGAUACAAAGUGACAAAAUUAGUGGCAUACUUUGAGACACAACAAAGGUGACAGGCACACAGUUAGAAGAAAGCUGAAACAGCGAAGGCACUAUGGAUCAAAUAUUUUAUUCCAAUAAUAUUCUGAUUUCCACUGUAGAUUGUGGGUAUAGCUUGGUGCCAGUGUCAUGGACUCAUGAUUGAAUAUUAAAUUUAUGAAAUGAUGGGUCUUUUUGCAAUCUCGUGUACUUGGUGUGUUUGUGAUGAAUUUUCAAGCGGAUUCGAAAGGUUGGCUUGGAGUAAUAAAUAAGGCCAACAUUCGUCUUUCAUUUCAUCAGCAGUUGAUGUCAUAGUAAUUAUUAAUCAAACAAUUAUACUACUGAUUUGGCAUACGUCUACGUCAAAACAUCAGCUUUUUAUAUUAAUGUGCUAGUCUAGUUAUUCUGAUCAUAAACAUGUGACAAACUGUCUAUGUUCUGAUUGAUUGGGUUUCUGUUUAAGUUUUAUUUUUUCACUAAACAUGACUUUUACCGGCUUUUCUACAUUGUUUGAUUAUUUUAACUAACACAUUAUUUCCGAUCUA